AUGCCUAAGGUUAAAUUAGGCUCACAAGAGGACGAAUUUUCAACAAAGAAUGGCGAGGAAUAUGGAUCUGAAGGGAGUCAAGAACAGGACGCGAUACAUACGCGGAUAGUCCGGAAGGAUAAUCCAUUUUUCAGCGAUAACGAUGAGGCAGACGGGGAAGUGGACAGUGAGGAACAGCUUCUGAAUCGUGGGCGGAAUGGUCGGAGUCGAAGCUUUAAUUCUAACGGCAAUGGUAGCAGUAGUAAUGGAAAUGGGAGUCGGAGAAGAAGUUCUGGGACUACUAGUAAGGAUAGCUCUCCUGAUGUUCCUUUCCAGAAUCGCGAGAGCGGAGAUGGUAGUAGGAGCAGUAGUGAUAGUAGCAGGAGCAGCAAAAAGGCACAGAUUCUCGAGGCCAGCAAGGUUUCGGAAGGUCAAGGGCGUACGUAUAUUGCUUACGCUAUCAAAUAUAAGGAUUCUGUGGUGAAGAGACGAUACAGCGAUUUUGAGAGUUUGAGGAAAGUGCUAGUGAAAUUGUUUCCGAUGACGUUGAUUCCGCCAAUUCCGGAAAAACAGUCGCUAAAGAGUUACGGAAAAGCCAUCACACAUUCAAAGACAAACUAUCUACUUCCAAUGGAAAGCGGAGAUUCUGUGGACCUGUCACUAUCGGUUAUCAACGGACCUGUCACGUCUAAUGAUGAAAAGUUAAUACGACAUAGAAUAAGGAUGCUAACAAGCUUUUUGAACCGCCUUUUGAGAAACGAGGAGAUCAUGAAAACUUCUAUUGUAUACGAUUUCUUAGAUCCCAAUAAUAAGAAUUGGAACGAUUUGAUCACUAGUUCUCUUACGAUAUCGUCUUUACCCAAAUCCGUUUUGCAAUGCAAUCCUAUUGAUCCGACAAAUACGACAAAGGCGCACACAUAUUUGCCCAUACCGUCAUCAUCAAACCAGCUGCUGUCUUCCAAAGACCACAACAAUCCAACGGACACUGAUGAGUUUUCUAAGGUCGAAGCUGAAUACAAACAUUACGAACAACUUUUACACUCUGGUAUGUACAAGUACUCAAGAGCUACAACGAAGGAGUUGAAUCAUGUACGAGAGGAAAUGAAAGGCAUUAGCUCGCAACUGGCACAGUUUUCUGUGGACGAGGCUAAAUACGACAACGGACUAGCAGAGCUACUUUCCCAUUCCAGUGACACUUACGAUGCCCUAUAUGACAACCUAGAGACACUUGUUGGUAAUUUGCAUUAUAACAUCAACGAACCACUAGGAGAGUGUGCGCACAUGGCCACUGCUGUACGGGAACUGAUACAAUACCGAAGACUUAAGAUGGUCCAAAAGGAGUUAUUGGAACGUUCUAUUCUAUAUAAGCGCGCUCAGCUCAAAAAAUUCCAACAGCAAGAAAGUAACAAUAAACAAAUCGGAGAUAUGGUUAACAAGGAUCUAGCAACAAGUGGAACUGUAAACCUAGAAAAUCCAAAUGGACCAAGAAGUUAUACGGGGAAAAUGAUGAACAAGUUCAACCAAAUUGCCAGUAUUAUAAAGGACACUGUCACAUAUCCGGAACAAGAUCCUGCUACAGCUGUCAAAACCUUGGAGAAAGAAUUAGCUCAACUCGAAGAGUCACUUAAGGUCGCUACCAGCGAUCUUGUCGUAAUUACAAAAACACUAAAAGAUAAUGAGCUCCCACGAUUCACAAAAGAAAGAAAUGAAGAGUUAAUACAAAUAUUCAAAAACUAUUCAAAGUACAUGAAGGAAAAUGCUAUCAAGAACUUGAAAGUUUGGAAAGAAUUACAGCAGAAGAUGCAGGAAGAAGAAGCUUAA